AUGACUGCCAUCCAGACAUGUUCAGAUUUGUUGGCAGCAGUGGGCAACGCGCCAAUGUGCUUAAUGCCGGCAUUAUCUACACGUGGCGGCUUCGACAAUGAGGUGCUAGCAAGGGAAAGAGACACUUACGUACAUCUGUUCUUCACUCUUGCUGAACAACGGGAGGCCUCCGAGUUUGUGAUGAGACUCAUCAAUAAUGUGAGAGCACAGUGUAGAUACAUCCCGGGUGCUUUCAAUGCUGUGCCACUAAUCAGGCCACCAGAUGUGGCCUAA